GGAUAAGGCUACUCUGUUACAUCCUGAAUCGAAGUGCAAUCGACCUCGCUUGAGUCUUCAGAUUCCAAACUAAUAACUAGGCUCCGGCCUUGAUUUGUGCUUUCUUGCAUUUGUAUGCAGCUAUGAGCUUCUUAAUAUUGUAACUAACAUAACGAAAAACAUUAAGUCUAUGACAAUUCAGAUGAUUCUAUUGGUUCUGAGUCAGUGAUGUCUGUUGACUCCUUCUUUAAAGCUCAGUUAGUUGUAGUAGUAGGUAGGAACAAUCACAAGAUGCAAAGAGUGUCCAGAAUCAACAUCAAUGCUGGAUUUGGCUUUGGAGCCAAUGUAUCCUUGGUAAAUGAAAUGAGAUGAUCUUAUAUUUUACUGGAUAAACAUUUGUACUUCAAGUUCAUGGGCUUGGAUAUUUCUGAGUCUAAGAAGUUUGUUUUGUGAUUCGAACUCUGCAAAUUUUCUGUGGUUCUAAGCCAAGGAUAUUGACUUCUGAGUAGUUUGAUAGGUUGGCAUCGUUUAUAAAUUUAUGAUCAGCUAACUCAGAGUAUAAUGGUGAUCGCAUACGUUUAAAGUGCCACAAAGCAAGUAAUGUAUACUUCUGAUUGUAUCAUCUGACAUUACUCUUAAGACUGAAGCUGUUGGAAUUUGACCAGUGGAUUUUGCUGUAUUGUUGCCUCCAUAUUUGUCAGAUGUAUCAAAUUUACUACAACAGUUCCUUUUGUACGGACGAAAUGAAUCUUUGCGAACUUUGCCAUAAAAUGUUGCACAAGUGUAGUAUUGCUCUGGAGUCUUGAUCAGAGUUGUAUCUGUAUCAAACAUAACUCUAUCAAAAGAAUAUCCUUCUAUAUUUGCAUUAGUUUGACAAA